CAUAUAAAAUCAUUGACUCUACCAGUUUGUUCACAAGGCUACCUACUUUAGAGAAUAAUACCAGUUGUAUCAAAAGAUCGAAUAGUACUGAUAUUAUAUGUAGAAAGUUUACAUUUACUCAUACAUUUGGACCAGAAACUACCCAACUGGAACUGUUUGAACAAGCCGUUAAGCCGCAUAUGAUAGACUUCUUAGCUGGUCAGAAUUCUACUAUCAUGACUUAUGGUACAACAAAUUCGGGAAAGUCUUAUACAUUACAAGGCACUACCACAUCCCCUGGAAUCAUACCAAGAUGUCUAGAAUUUGUGUUUUCAAAUAUUACUACAAAAUCAACAGCCUCUUAUAAACCAGUAAAUCACUGCGAUGUUGUUUGUUUGGAUCCUCUUGAACGUGCUCAAGAAUUAGAAAUAAAAACGAAAUUAUUAACUUUUGCUUCCAUGGAUAAACAUCACUAUAUUAAUGCUUACACAGAAAUGCAGAAAUUAUUGCAAGAGGAAUCACCGAUCAGACCUA